CUAGCCAACCAACCCUGUCUCUCCUACAGCCGCGUGUUAAAAUAGCAUUGCUAAAAAUAUUUGUAGUAUAAUUUUUGAAUAUUUCUGUUCAGCUGAGACUUCAGUGUGUUACCAUAGCACUAGCAAGUGACGUUCAUGUCGUGCUGAGAGAAUAGAGUUAUUCAGUUUCAGAAUGUGGGAAAACAUUGGGAAAGUCCCCAGUCUCUCUCUCUCUCUCUCAGCCUUUCUCUGAAACACACAUCAUAACAUACUCUGCCUUCCUCUGGAAACACUGCCCUUGAGUGUGACUACUUAUCAGAUCAAACAUUACAUGUGCUACAGCAUCAUAAAAUUGAGAAAAAAACAAUAUUUCAAUAACCAAGCUGGGAAGAAAGUCGUGGAACAGGGUGAACUGGUGCCAGUAAGAUACCUUGAUCCCUUCCUUGUGUGCGUCUGCUUUUGCGUAUGUUUCCUCCCUGAAAGAAAUGUAGUUCUCCAACCUAAAAACCAGUAACUUUUAAUCCUCCAAUUACAACAUAAUAGGCUUGUAAUCCCGGAAAAACAGAGGAUUUGGUUUGCAGGAGUAAGUGUUAGAAAACACAUGUGCCGUGGUGAGGGAGGACAUAAUAGGAUUAUUCUCCCUGGUGGGUAAUUAUUGUGUUUUUCCCAUCAAUACAAAUUACAGAAAACAGAAAAUAUGAUAAUGUCUUGGAUCAGAUUUUUUGGUCAAAAAAUGCAAGAAAUUCCGUUUCUUAGGGUUGAGAACGAAACCAAGGAUUUUGGGAAAAAUUACCAGCUUUCUGUUGACAUUUUUUUGUGUUUUCCUGGUUCUCUUUCUAUAGCAAAUGGUUACGUCAGUGCCAGGGCCUCCCCAGGACUCCUCUCAGUCUCCAACGGCAACAGCAUGGGGAAAGGAGUGCAGGCUAAAUCUCCCCCUCCAGCCAACACUCAGAUGGUGAACAGUCGCAAACCGGACCUUCGGGUCAUCACCUCCCAGAGCAAGGGUCUCAUGCAGCUGACAGAUGAAGAGCUGGAGCUGGUGAGUGAGAACGCUCAGCGGUUAGGAGCCUCUCAAGUGACCCAGCCUCUUACCACACCAGUGGUUUCCGUGGCAACGCCGAGCCUCCUGACUCCGUUCUCCAUGCCAACCGCCUACAACACAGAGUACCAGCUAACAAGUGCAGAUCUCACAGUCCUCCAGGCCUUCACACCGUCGGGUGCACUGUUGCCAGGCAACAUGACCACUUGGCAACAGCAGCAGCAGCCAUCUAUAUCCCAACAACAACAGCAGCAGCCAUCACUAUCCCAGCAGCAGCAGCAACAGCAGCAGCAGCAGCAGCAGCUAACUCUGGCGUCCCUCAGUAACCUUGUCAUGUGGGGCUCCGACAAACAGAACGGAGAGAUGGCUCACUGCAUCUCUGGUCUGGCUGCUAAUCUCAGUGUGACUUCUCAGGGCAGCUUACUCUUGGGCAGGGAGGAAGGGAUCAGCUGGCCCGUGGGAACGCUCCCUCAUGGAGCUACUCUGACGGUUAACACUAACCCCAACAUCUGCAUCAAAUCCGAGCCAGUGUCUCCUAACCGGGAUCGCAGCACCCCUAGUUCCACCGCCGGGGCGACAGGUGGCAUAUCAGGCCUAACUGUGAGCCAGUAUCCAGCGACGCUGCGUUUGGAGCCCACCGGCCGCUCUCCCGUCGACAGCAUCAGCAGUAACGGCAGCUCUUACGAAGGAAGCGACCGAGACGACGGAGGGCAGCCGCGCCCUCCCGAUUUCAGCUCCGCCAGCCUGGGUCUCCUCCGAGCAUCUGCAGAGCAGCAGGCCCAAGCAGAGCAGCAGGAGUCAGCCAACGUGAAACGCAUGAGACUGGACACCUGGGUCACAUAAACGCUGAAGGAGAGAGCGAGAGAGCUGCUCCCCCCCCCCCCCCCCCACACACACACACACACCGACACAAACACACCCCUAGUGGCACCUGCUUUCAGCAGCCAGUCUCAGUCCGCACUUAGACACAUGCAUGCGCCUGUCUCUCUCUCACUCGUCUCACUCUCAGACACACUCAUAUUUACUGGUGUGUGUGUAUAUAUUUAUAUAAAUUAUGCAUAUAUGAUCACACACACACACACACACACACUAGACCUUCACACACACAGUUGCCAAUCCAAUUGUAAACGUAGUGUUCACAUAUACGAGACUGAAGAGAUGCUUUUGGUCAUGUCUCAGAUAUCCCAGCCCCUGCUCAGAGAAGGCCGUCUGGAUCUCAGAUCAACUUUUACAGGCCUUACCGUCGACCCGAUCAGAGUUCAGCGGCUCUGCUCUGUCCAAACAGCUUUUUUAUGUUGCAUCAACAAGCCUGUCAAUCUCUUUUUUUUUUCUUUUUGAUUUCUCUGUGUUGUUUUUGUAUAAAUGGUUGCAUUUGCCAUUUAUCUUCUCGACUGACUCUUUCUCCCUUACUUUUUUUCUUUUUAUGUAUUUGUUUUCUAUCUGCUUGAGCAGCUGCCUUUAGAAUCGCCCCAGUUCCUUUUAAAGUAGGAUCUCUUUAGUUUGUUUUUCUAACUGCGCAAAAACUGCGCAUAGUGUGCAUGCGUGUGUGUAUCAGCUCUGAGACGGAAAUGCUUAUUCAUUCGAUCGCUAAACACAAUUCAGCCACACACACAAAAAAACUCCACUCGAUCAUGUUAAUUUUCCAUCUUCUGCGGUAUCGUAAUCUCGCACCAGUCCCCUCGCUUGCACACUCGUAUGCGUGUGUCUAUCAGCGGAGCUCGAAGCACAAACGCCGCUCCGCGUCCUCGAUUUUCUGCGUACACGUGGACCGUAAUUGUGGUGUCGUUGAUGGAAAUGUAGAUCUAUCUGUACUAAUGAGAUCCAGGCGUGCAGGAAAUGUAUCACCCUGCUGUGUGUGACUUGUGAGCAGCGAUCUGCCACAUUAUGCUCUAUUUAUAUUGUUUUCUUCUGGCUGUGUAAGUUAACUCAGAGAUUAAUUAGUUAACUUUAUGGGACGAGUACACUUAAUGACUGUUUGUAAGACUCCAGGAAUAAGUCUGAGUUGUUGUUUAACUCCGGAUGGCAAGUUUUGACAUCAUGUAGAUACUAAAUUGCUCAGUGUUUCAGAACUGGUGAAUACAGAGAGAGUUCAUUUCAGCUGGCUCAUUUUAGCUAAGAAAGAGACGGAGGUCAUGUAGCGCUGUGUGUGUGUUUGAGAGAGAGAAGCGUUGUGAUUGUACAUAGCGAUGUUUGUUCACAUAUAUUCUGCUGGGUCUUUCUGAAACAGCCCUGUAAUCUCAGUGGAGCCGUCUCCGUCACCCUCUGCCUGUAAAUAAACUGUACCGUGUUGUAAGUUAGCAAGGUGGAGAGGCAGAUGAAGGAGGAUUUGACUGUUUUUCAGCUCGACUCUUUUCUGUCGUUUUUAUCCUGAUGGCGCGCACUUUAAAAUCUUUCCCCCUCGUCCGCUCUCACGCCUUCAGACACACUCGAGAGGAGUUUAUGCUUCCUCGCAUUAUCAUUUACACUUCGACUGAUUAUCCGUCUUUUUACGCCCCGACAGGAACAGCGAGUUCCCCGACAGCUUCGAAGGGAAUACAGCCUCCUUCCUUUCACCUAUAAGACAUUUAAAGCAUUCAGGGAAGGAUGUUUCGUUUAUUACUUUUUGUGAGAUCUUGGCUUAUUGCACUUCACAUGUUUAACGAUAAUAGAAGAAAUAUGUCACGUUUUGUAAAAAAGCUAAGAUAAAAAUAAAAAAAAGAACGUUGUACUGAAAUCUAGAUUAGGCUUUACACGUGUUGCAGAUGUAACAAUUAUGUACACCAAUCGUUUUCUGUGCAUUAGUGUGUUCUCUAAGUGACAAAGAUGAAGGAUGUUUCUGUUACGCUUUUGAAAAGAAAAGUGAAGAUAGUGCUAAAGGGAAAUGGGGUACAAAAUUACUUCAAAUAUGGCUAUUCCCUUCUAAAAAAAGAUGAGUUUAAAGUGUUAGUGUAUUUAUAUUCAAGGUGAGACUCACCUGUCCGUCAUCGGCUUCUCUACCUCUCCCUUCAUCCUCUCGUAUCUUCUCUCUCUCCUUUUCUCCCACUCUAUCACUAACAGAGGAAGACGGAAGCCAUUUCAUUUCACCUCAACAGGUGACCCACCUUUUGUUAAAGCAGAUUCCACACACACACACACACACACACAUGAUGGAAGCAGUACGGGACUCAUCACAGACCUGCGUUCAUGUCCCUGAGGUAACGACUGAUGUUCUAGAGCUACUGGGCGGAGGUUUUCUAGAACUGCAUCACAGCAGAGCGAGGCCUCUGCAGCGCACCUGUUGACUUACAGACUGUUGUGUCCUUCGCUUUGAACAAAUGCAGUGAUUUGUACCUUUAUAAGACGAGAAAGCGAUGCGCCUGGGAUGGUCGAAGUCGAAGCGCUGGCUGUGUUGGUUUUAAGGCUAAGACAACAUUCGAAGAGCUCUCGGAAGGACCUCGUGUUAAAAUUAGGAAUCUGAGUAAUCAAAGAAAAGACAAUCGUCCGGUGAAUAGUUCACUUUGGCCCCCGUAUUCCCUUUGUAUGAUGUCUACAGAUUCUCACAUACUUUUUCUCGUGUUAAUUUGUGCUGGUGACAGUUUUAUUGUCUGUUUUUAUUAUAAUUGUUAUGAUGAUUAUCAUUACCAUUAUGGUUAUCAUCACAGAUGGUAAUAAUAAUAAUGAGAUAUUUAGAAAGACGGUUUUUAUUUUCUGCGUCUGCAUUUUUAUUUAAUUUUUUUUUGUUUUGUUUUUUGUGUAGGUUAGGCAUCCUAUUUUAAUUUGAUUUUAUUAUAUAUAAAUAUUAUAUAAAUAUAUUUUUGUUUUCUUCAAAGGGGUGUUACUAAUAUUGCACGAUUUAUUCAGUAAAACAAAACCGUUGUAGUAAUAUUAUUGCUAAUUGAGGGAAGCGAUAAAGCCGGUUCGAUAGAAUGACCAGUUCAAUGCUGCAAUUUUUAGUCAAUUGUACAAUAGUAUCUACACAUAGUUAAGGUGGGACAUCCACACGUUUAAUUUAUUCUGAUCAGACACAAUGCAUGGGCGUCAGACAAGCAAAGAAUGAGUCGUAUUAUAAAUAAACUGAAAUGUAAUUUCGAUAAGAAUAUACAACACAAAACUAGAAUAGAAAUUGAAGAAAAAAGUUUAAAAAAGAAAAAUUAUAGCUAAUAUAUUGUGUUCGGCUAGUCUGCUUUGAGUUUUGUUGUAAAAAAUAAAAAAAAGACAAAAAAAUUUAAAAAAAAGUUCUGUUGUUUUCGGAGAAUGAUAUACAAUUUGUGUAUAUUUUCAUAAACAAAGUAUGCACUGAUAUGUUAUUACAAAUUCUAUACUGCUUUUACAAAAGAGUGUUUGUUAUUGUACCAAAGUAUCCAUUGUCCUUUAUGACCCUCCCCUUUUGCGUAUGUUGUAUUUUAUAUAUUAAAUAGACAAGUUGACCUACA